AAAAAUGCAACAUUUAUUGCCGGUGACCACCGUGUGUGUACAAAUUGCUCAAACGAAUUAUGGGAAAUGGGUGUAGUAUACAAUAACAACAAAACAGAAAGGCACGCUGGAUACGACCUUUUCUAUACUGGUAUAUGCGCUCCCAAUUAUGUUCUUACUGGCCCUCAGUUCCUGAACAUUUAUCAACGUGCGUACGCUGGGACAUACCUGCUAUCAUUUGUCAUCGUAUUCGUCUUGUAUGGCCUUAUAUACCGGUCAAUACACAAGCACCGAGCGAAAAGAAGCAAGAGAAAACGUUCCAGUCUGUAUCCGUCUGGCAUUGAGUUCUCGAAUGUUGAAACCCAAUUUACAGCAGUGACACACGUUAAUCCUCACAGUGGCCGACGGGGCGAUCAAAAUAUUGGAAAUGGUGAAAAUGACGACGUUGACGCCGAAACGCAUGUAGAGAUGCAGCCAAUGAGACCAAAGCCGAGAAAGGGACCGCGGGCAAUAUCAAUCAAGGAGAAAACGUUAUUGGCCAAUAUUCGGACAGCUGUCAUGUUGUUUGUCGUUACUGUUGUUUUUCUUGUUGCUUUUUUGCCUGCUUGGCUUAUGGGAUUACAAGCAAUGGAGUUUAACGCUGUGAUUUUCUACAUGUAUUUUGUAUAUCAUACUGCAAAUCCUUUCAUUUACGCAUUCAUGAACAAGUCAUUUAGAGACGACCUUGGAAAGGUUCUUAAGUGCCAGAGUAUACCCCUUGUUCGUUAAACAUUUUUUUUAAUAUAUUUAACACGUUUUCUACAAUUUGCUAUUUGCUAUUGUAGAAUACACAAUGAAUAGGCGAUAAUUCAUAUUGAAUGUUGUUAAAAUUAAACACACUCUCAAUAAAUGUGAAAUACAAUUCUUGUUUAAAACAUCUGCAAACCCUGCAAUGUUGUCUUUCUUGCUUAACAUAUAAUACCCGAAAUAUUAAAUGUAUUUAGUAUAAUAAGUUAUUUAUUAUAUAAGGAUUAUCCUCGUAUAUUGCUAUAAUUUUAAACAGCUGGACUUAUGGUUGUUUGUGCUAAAUGGCAAUGUACUACAAUUUUACUGCAUAAUAAAACAAUAGCAGUGUGCUGGUUUCCUUUCAGACAAUCAAAAAUAUAAAAAUUACAAUUAUAUUGGUUUCAGCUAAAUUCAAAGAAGUGUUAUUGAUUAACACUGCUAAAUGCAGUAUUUUGAAAACAGCAAUCGGU